CACGUGUUUCCUCACAGUUAUGUCCACCGUUUUUCCCCAAUCACCUUUGGAUUGCUGUCCACCGCCUAAUUUCACCUGUCCACCGCCUCAAAUAAUCUACCUUCCAUCACCGGCUCCAUUCGAUGCUUCCAUCACCGGUUUCCUGUGACAUCUGCGUCGCCCUCCCUGGCUGUUCUUUUUAUCCCUAACUUCACCGGUGGUCUCUCUAUCCGAAAGCAAUGAAGAAACCACAACAAGAAAACGGAGACACGAAAACUAGAGGCACCAAAGGAUUCACCCCACCUCUUUUUCCACCGUUCAUCAAUCUCUUCCAUCUACUGUAUGGUCUUCUCCGUUCAUCAAUCUCUUCCAUCUACUGUAUGGUCUUCUAAAUUAAUUGAAGCGCCUAUCCUCUACAUUCGACAGCUUCUCUCUUUUCUUCUUCAUUUGGAUUUCAUCGACCAUCCAUAGGGAAACAUCGACUGCGACGUAUUCGAAGCCGGCUGAUCAUCGACUCCAUUCCCACCUAUUCGUCGUGAAUCCGCUUCCAUGGUCGGUGCCGUAAACGUUCUUCUACCACGGAUUCCAUCGUCGCACACAACAAAUUGCAGAAUCCUGUCCGAUUCUGUAAUCCCUACACCCAAAAAUGAUUCCAAGGCUACUAACGAUGAAUCUGAACAAAUUGACAAAAAGAUGAAUAACAUUAUAUUUGCAAGUAUUCAACUGUAUAUAUUUCCCAAACUACAAGAUCGUGUUCCUGCAUAUUUUCAGGAGGAGGGUGUUAUUAGGCUAAAAGUCACUGAAGUUUUUAUUUUAGAGUUUAAGCACUGUUUGGUUGGCAUGGAUAUAGGUAAUGACCAUGUAUUAUUCUCUCGCUACCGUUAUAGUUAAUCUACUUUGUCUUUCACCCGUAAUAGCAUUGUACUUGAAGAUGCCAAAAACGGUAUUGAAGUUAGAAUCAAAGCAAAAGUCUACCGGCUUUUUUAUAUUGUCUUGUAACAAACCAACAUCAUGUUAUGAAUUUGAAGAAAUCUACAAAGGUCCCAAUUGUACUUA